AUACCGCGAGAUGUCGACCAAAAAGCCUUAAGAAGCCGCGAAAGACUUCUCGCGUAUUGAAGUUGAUUUCGUUACUUGGCCCCGUUACUGAUUUGUGACUCCAGCUCUUUCUUUCUUUCUUGCAUAGCCAGUCCCUCUCGAUUAUCCUCGAAAAUGUCAGACAAACCCACCAUCCUCUUCGUCCACGGCGCCUACCACCCGCCAGCUGUGUACUCGGCCCUCACCACCGCCCUGGGCAACGCGGGCUUCGACGUGCUCGCCCCGCGUCUCGCCAGUCUCGGCAGCGCGACUCACGGCGUGGCCGUGCCCGACGAUGACGUCGCCGUGCUCCGCGCAGCGGUUGAGCCCAGCUUCGCAGAAGGCAAGAAGGUUGUUGUGCUGGCCCACUCGAUCGGCGGGUUCUUCAGCACGGCAGCAAUCAAGGGCUUCACGGUCGCCGAGCGGCAGCGCGAGGGCAAGGCGGGAGGGUUCGCGGGGGUGGUGUACAUGAACUCCACGCUACCUGUCAGCCAUGAGGACACAGUCAUGGCGGUGUGCGACCCGGCGUCGGCCGUGAUUUUCGAUGUUGAUGUCCGCGAGGACGGCAAGAUGGUAUCGUUCUUCAAGACCGACGACGCCAGCAAAGACCAGGCAUUGCACUUCUUCUACUCAUGCGUCCCGCGCGAGCUCUCCGAGAAGGUCUUCAGCCAGCUCGAGCGUUUCAACACGCACGCGUUUCUGACACCAGCCGCCACUCUGGCCUCGGAGCUCGAGGGCAUCGCCAAAACGUACAUCGUCGGCGAGCAGGAUUACGUCGUGCCCCUGGCGCAGCAGGAGCGCAUCAUCUCGAGCACGCCGGGGAUGAAGGAGGUAAGACUGGCGGGAUGCGGGCACAGUCCAUUCUUGACGCAUGUGGAUGAUGUUGUAAAGGCGGUGGAGGGCGUCGCUGAGGAGGUGGCUUGAUGUAAGCCGUUGAAGGCAUGAAGUUGCGACGAGUUUCAUAGGUUGGACGGUUAGAAAAUGGGUUGCGAUUUCGCAGUUCCGCCAACUAUUUAAGAUAGAACAGCAUGUUCACGAUUUGCCUUAGUAAUAGGGUUCAUAUAAUUCCCCUGAGGCUCGGGGAUUGACGAGUCUAUAUCGAAGCAUAGAGCCGAAUUUAUUCAUCGAUGACGGGGGUACUCUGUGACCAAGGACAAGAGCUCAACUGCCAGGUCCUGAACAAGAAGGAUUUAUGAAGAUUCCCAAC